AUGCUUGGGCGGACAUGCACGCGCUCGCAGACUGUGCCCAUCUUGCUGGCCUUCAUCCCCGGCGUCGCUGGCGAGUCUCUCGAUCAGAUAUUCUUACCAGCGCUAGCAGCAGUCGGAGGGUUGAUUCUAGGAGUUCUCCUCGUUUUUGGCUCAGUUGCGUGCGCUCAACGGUGUUUUAGCCGUCACCGGCCUGACCACAACAAGGAGGAAGCUGCUGGAUGUGUGGCUUGCGGCGGUGCCGGCUGCGGGCUGUGCACGGCUCCGUGUAUGGCUUGCGACAACAGGGGAUGUAGUUUGUGUACCAAACCAGAGGCAAUGGAAGAAGCCGUGAAGAGCGGUGACGAUCAUGCCAUCGAUUCCCCCAUACCAGUUGAAGAGUCCAAGGCAUGGCAACUACCCUGCCUCGAGGGUGAUGUAGAGCAGUCUAAUGCGUCGCCUCCGUGCACUUUCCUGGAGCCCAAAGUCUCUUCUGCAGUGCCUACGAAGCUGGUCAUCCAGGGCAGAAGCUGGCUGGAGCACAUUUGA